ACCAAUUGUAACCCCAAUUCUAUCAUAUCCGGAACCCAACUGCGGCAAUAAGAAUCCUGGUGAACCUCAAACGUUGAAUAUGUCUGCCUCCGAAGUCGAAUCAGCCCAGCCAGUUACCGAGAAAUCUCCAUCGCCAGUCGAAGAGACUGAUCCAAACAAGGUCUUUGUGGGUAACUUGCCAUACGAUACUACUGAAGAUCAGUUGAAAGCAUUGACUCCCGAACUAGAGGUUGUGUCAGUGGAGCUUCCAACCAGAACUGUCACCAAGAAAACAGACCAGACUACCGUCGAACUUCAGAAGGGCCACGGUUUCAUCGUCUACAAGAGCUCUGAAGACGCUGCCAAGGCAAUCGAGCUGAUUGGUGGCAAGACGGUAGGAGAAAGAGAGGUGUACGCCAGAGCUGCUCUUCCUCCAAGCCUUGCGCCUAAGAGGGAGAGAAAGCCAAAGAAGACUGCGCAAAGGUCUGCGGCUUCGAGCGCUAGCGGCAAGAUGAAGAAGAAGAGUAAGGCCAAGGCCAAGACUGAAUCCAAACCAUCUGGUUCCGAGUCUGACGCCAAGACGGAUUCUAAAGAGGCCUCUCCUGCUGAUCAGAGCGAGUCCACCUCUGCGGAGUCAUCUGCGCCUGUGAAAAAAGCCAGAAAGCCAGUUUUGUCCAAGGAGGAGAAGCAGAAGAAGUUGUCGGAGGGUGUUCCUUCCAAGACCACGUUGUUCCUCGGAAACCUCGACAAGUCUGUUACCAGUAAGGAUUUGAAGGAGUUGUUUGCUGAAUACGAGCCAGUCUGGAUCCGUGUCCCAAGAAGAGAGCUCCCAAAGAAUCUGUACCUGAAGCUGAAGGCUAGAAACGUCCAAAUCGACAACAAGGGUAUCGCCUUUGUGAGAUUCAAGUCCGAAGAGGACCAGCAAAAGGCACUUAAGGAGUUCGAAAACAAGGAGUACAAGAACAGAAAGCUCAACGUCACGGUUGCAAUUGACUCUGCUGCGGAGGCUGCCGCUCAGGCGUCUUCAGAGGGCAAGGAAAAUGAGUGAAAGCAUUCAGCACGUUUAGACAUCUCAUUCAUCGGACACCCGGUUAUGUAGACUUGUGUCAUUUUUGCUUUGUAUAUUUAUAUGUCUCUUUAAUCACGUGCAUUCCAUAAGCAACUAUCAGAUGAGCUGUUGGUAGGAAUGGCUGUGAAUGGUGACUAAUUUUGAUGCCGCGUAUGAACGGCUGUUGGCAUUCAAAAUUUUAACCGUAUCUGUCAGAUUACAAGAGCGUGCACAUUAUGUAU